GAAAUUUUGUGCUCAGUUAUUAAUUUAUUUAUUUGAAAGCUUGCUAUUAAUUAGCAUAAGGUUAUGUCUUAAUUGAAACCAUUCCAUCCUUUCGUAUAAAUUAAUACUUGUUAAGAAAUAAAAAUUAUUUGUAUUGCUAAAGAUGUGAUCGUGAAAGAAGGUGAAUUUCCUGCACCGUGUAACACCGAUAAUAAAGCACAAGCAGAAGCCCACGGUAGUAAUUGGUGUAGAGGUGGUAACUCAAUCUGUUUGGAACGAUGGCAAGGUCCAAAUAAUGGAAUCACCUCAUUCGACAACAUCGGAUUCGCGAUGUUAACAGUUUUCCAAUGCAUCACUAUGGAAGGAUGGACGGCAAUUUUAUAUUGGAUGAACGACGCCGUUGGGAGUUACGCAAACUGGUUAUAUUUCGUGCCACUUAUAGUCCUCGGUUCAUUUUUCAUGCUGAAUUUAGUGUUGGGCGUACUCAGUGGCGAGUUUGCCAAAGAGCGAGAAAAAGUAGAAAAUAGGCAAGAAUUUUUGAAGCUGAGAAGACAGGCGCAGCUUGAAAAGGAGCUUAGUGGUUAUGUGCAAUGGAUUUGCAAAGCAGAGGAAGUUAUUUUGGCUGAGGAGCGUACAACUGAAGAAGAGAAAUUCCACAUAAUGGAAGCGAGACGGAGAGCUGCCAAAAAGAAGAAACUGAAAAAGAUGGGAAAAAGUAAAAGUACCGACACUGAAGAGGAAGAACAAGAAGAAGAUGCUGGAGAAGAUGAGUCAAAGAAAAAGCUAAAAGGAUUCGGGCGCUCGGGCUACCUCAAAUCCAGGGUCCAAGGGCAAGGAGGUUGCGCCCGAUUUUGGCGGGCCGAAAAGCGUUUAAGAUUCGCCAUAAGACACACUGUCAAAACUCAAUGGUUUUAUUGGUCAGUUAUUGUCUUGGUUUUCUUCAACACAGUUUGCGUAGCCGCCGAAUUUCACGGACAACCAGACUGGUUAACAGAUUUUCUUUAUUACGCUGAAUACGCCUUUUUAGGUUUAUUUAUGAUGGAAAUGUUUAUAAAAAUGUACGCAUUGGGUCCCCGAAUUUAUUUCGAAUCGGCGUUCAAUCGGUUCGAUUGCGUGGUCAUUUCCGGUUCGAUUUUCGAGGUGAUUUGGUCGGAGGUGAAAGGAGGUUCGUUCGGACUUUCCGUUUUGAGAGCUUUGCGACUCUUAAGAAUCUUCAAAGUGACCAAAUAUUGGAGUUCGCUGAGAAAUUUGGUGAUUUCGCUGCUCAAUUCCAUGCGUUCCAUCAUCUCCUUGUUGUUCCUCCUUUUUCUUUUCAUCUUAAUCUUUGCACUUUUGGGCAUGCAACUUUUCGGCGGGCAAUUUAAUUUUGAAAAUGGGACACCUCCAACGAACUUUAACACGUUUCCGAUCGCCCUUUUAACAGUGUUCCAGAUUUUAACAGGUGAAGAUUGGAACGAAGUGAUGUAUUACGGUAUUGAAGCUUCCGGAGGGCAUAGAUCCGGGAUGAUUUAUUCGUUGUACUUUAUCAUUCUCAUGUUGUUUGGAAAUUAUACAUUAUUAAACGUUUUCUUGGCUAUCGCCGUUGAUAACUUGGCCAACGCCCAAGAAUUAACAGCGGCGGAGGAGGAGCAAGCGGAGGAAAAUAGGGAAAAGCAAGCUUUAGAAUUAGAGAAAGAAAUGGAGGCUUUACAAAAAGAAGGGGGGGUCCCACCUUUACAAACACCUUCUAGUCCAGUUAGAAGUAGGAAAAAGAAAGACGAUAAACCACCUGAAGAGGAAGAAGAAAUAGUUGGACCCAAACCUAUGCUGCCAUACUCUAGCAUGUUUAUUUUAUCACCAACUAAUAUUGUUAGAAGAGGUGCCCAUUGGGUGGUAAAUCUGCGUUACUUUGACUUUUUUAUAAUGAUAGUGAUCUGCCUUAGUUCGAUAGCGUUAGCAUGUGAAGACCCCGUCGAUGAAAAAGCAGUUCGAAAUAAAUUCUUGAACAACAUCGAUUACGCUUUCACCGGAGUUUUUGCCGUUGAGAUGUUGUUAAAAAUCGUCGAUUUGGGGGUUAUUUUACACCCGGGUUCGUAUCUUCGAGAAUUUUGGAACAUAAUGGACGCAGUGGUCGUUAUUUGCGCGUUGGUUUCAAUGGGAUUCGAACUAACGGGUGAAUCGGCGGGUAGUAAUUUAUCAACUAUAAAAUCGCUGCGAGUGCUUCGAGUGCUUAGACCUUUAAAAACUAUAAAACGAGUGCCGAAACUGAAAGCGGUGUUUGACUGUUUAGUGAACUCCUUGAAAAAUGUGAUAAACAUCCUCAUAGUGUACAUAUUAUUCCAGUUUAUAUUUGCUGUGAUCGCCGUACAAUUGUUCAACGGGAAGUUUUUUCACUGCACUGACGAGAGUAAAUUUACCGAAUCUACCUGUCAGGGUCAUUAUUUCGUUUAUGACGAAGAAAGCGAUGUGCCACGAAUCGAGAAAAGGGAAUGGAAACCACAAAGUUUUCAUUAUGACAAUGUCGCAAUGGCCAUGCUUACCUUAUUUGCUGUACAAACAGGAGAAGGAUGGCCUCAGGUGUUGCAAAAUUCGAUGGCUGCCACAUACGAAGAUCGAGGACCGAUUCAAAACUUUCGAAUAGAAAUGUCCAUUUUCUACAUCGUUUACUUCAUAGUGUUCCCGUUCUUCUUUGUAAAUAUAUUCGUUGCCUUGAUCAUCAUCACGUUCCAAGAGCAAGGCGAAGCUGAGUUGCAAAGUGGAGAAAUCGAUAAAAAUCAGAAAUCUUGUAUAGAUUUUACGAUACAAGCUCGUCCAUUGGAACGAUACAUGCCAAACAAACGCAACAGCUUUAAGUACAAGAUUUGGAGGGUCGUCGUUUCGACGCCCUUCGAAUAUUUCAUUAUGAUGUUGAUCGUUUUCAACACACUUUUGCUUAUGAUGAAGUAUCAUGAGUCACCGCCAUUUUUGUCCGACGUCUUGGCGGCAAUGAACAUAUUGUUCACGUUUCUCUUCCUCUGCGAAACCGUGUUGAAACUCAUCGCAUUCGGUAUUAAGAAUUUCUUCAAAGAACCUUGGAACAUUUUUGAUUUCGUCACGGUGAUUGGAAGUAUCGUGGAUGCUUUGGUCGUCGAAUUUGGCGAAAGAGCGGCUAACGUUUCCAAGGAAAGAGAAAACUUCAUCAACGUAGGAUUUUUGAGACUGUUCCGCGCCGCCAGACUGAUUAAACUCCUCAGACAGGGUUACACCAUCAGAAUUUUACUUUGGACGUUCGUUCAGAGCUUCAAAGCUUUACCGUAUGUCUGUUUAUUAAUAGCUAUGCUAUUUUUUAUUUAUGCCAUCAUUGGUAUGCAAGUUUUUGGUAACAUCCAAGAAAAUCCAUCGGAAUCAAUUAAUCGCCAUAACAAUUUUAGAAACUUUAUUCAAGGUCUUAUGUUGCUUUUUCGAUGUGCAACUGGCGAAGCUUGGCCAAAUAUUAUGUUAUCAUGCAUCGAGGGACAACCAUGCGAUGAAUUAGCUAAUAAAAAAACCGAAAAUAGUUGCGGUUCAAAUUUAGCUUACGCCUAUUUCGUUUCGUUCAUUUUUUUCUGUUCGUUUUUAAUGUUAAAUCUUUUUGUUGCCGUCAUCAUGGAUAAUUUUGAUUAUUUAACGAGGGAUUCCUCAAUUCUCGGUGCUCAUCAUUUAGAUGAAUUCGUUCGAAUUUGGGCAGAAUACGAUCCAAACGCAACAGGAAAAAUUCUUUACCAAGAAAUGUAUGAUAUGCUAAAAAAUAUGGAUCCACCUUUAGGAUUUGGAAAUAAAUGCCCAAAUCGAUUGGCUUAUAAAAAAUUAAUUCGGAUGAAUAUGCCUGUUGAUGAAGAAGGAAAAGUUAACUUUACCACAACUUUAUUUGCUUUAAUUCGCGAAAAUUUAAAUAUUAAAAUGAGACCAGCGAAUGAAAUGGACCAAGCUGAUGAUGAACUAAGAGAAACAAUAAAGAAUAUUUGGCCUCUUCAAGCAAAACACAUGGUGGAUCUUUUGGUACCCCCAACGGAACAAUUAAACAUGACGAAAAUGACUGUUGGAAAAAUUUACGCUGGGUUGUUAAUCUUGGAAAGUUGGAGAAGUACUAGAUUUGGACAAAUGGAGUCUUCAGUGCCGGGAUUUGGAAAUAGUCCUUCUGCCAAUCACGUGAAAGCGUCGUUUUUUGACUGUCUCCUGGAUAUGGCCGAACAUUUGGGAGGAAGUCGCGCCGGUUCCAUAAGUUUAGAAGGUGCCCCACUUAUGGCCGGCCAAGAACAUUCUGAUGUCCACAGUCUUCAUCCAGAAGAAAAAUCACUUAUUGCCCUUGCAAGAAGAAACACUAAAAGGAAUAGAUCGAUGAGGAACAAAAAGGUUGAGCUGCAAGAUAUUGGGUCGCGACGGGCUUCUUGCGAAAGUAUAGCUGAGGGACAACAAUCGCAUCUUCAUCCUGGAUUUAGCAACACCCAGCAUCGGAGAUCUCCCAGUUUAAGGAGGGGUAAUUCGCCAUCUCUUCAACGCAGCCCAUCUCCGCGAAAGCGCUACCCAACUCAUCUUCACCACGACAUAGGGUUUUCGGAUACAGUUUCGAACGUGGUGGAAAUAGUGAAACACGAACACCACCGAUCGCAGUCUCAUAAACGCCACGCGAGAGCUUGGCACAUGGACGUUGCAGGUUCGUGGUCGGCAUCGACGAGCCCUGCGAGGUCGCCAUCGCCGGUUAUCGAUUCGAGGGGGCAACAAUACGGAUGGCGGUAUGGAAGCGGUUCGGGUGGAGGAGGAGGAAGUGGAGGCGGCCGCGGGCCUCCACAUAGAAAAAGCUCCGGGCACGGUACGACUAGUUUAUGCCAGAGAUCUCGAUCUCCAAGCCCAAGUCACCCUGUGCCUCAUCAGCAUGGCCCACCUAUGAUAGCUGGGGCGGUGGUGGGGGUUCCAGUUCAUCAUUCGGCUGCCCAUCAAAGCAGCGUCCAGCAUAGCCAUCCAGUGUUGGGCUCGAGACGUGGACAAGGAAGGCGAUUACCACCUACUCCUUGUAAACCUUCAACGUUGCAACUCAGGCCGGGACCAAUUAACUUCCCCAAGUUGAACGCUUCGCCAACGCACGUUGGACUCCAGUCCCAUUCAGCACACACGACUCCACAUACAAUGCCUCAUAGUUUCCGCGAACGGGAACCGUUAAGAGAAAUAGUACCGCCGAGGGAAAUCAAUUCAAAUCCUAAUCCUGCUGCACCACUCAGUUUUGAACAAGCGGUUGCGUUGGGACGCGGUGGAAGAAUGCUUCCUAGCCCAGUUCCCAAUGGGUACAAACCAAAACCAACUCGAUCGAGACAUUCCGAUUCGGAUGAUGACGAUUGGUGCUAACAUUUGCAGGAUUUGGAUUCGAUCGAAGAGGACUGACCAAAAGAAUAAGAUAAGCUUUGUUUUCUAUUUUUUUUGCAAAAUCUCUUUUAAAGAAUUAAAGAGAUACUCUCCAAAAAAAAAAUUAUAAAUAGGC